AGACAGUCAAGUAAUUAUCAUCUUAUUCUAAUGAUAACUGAGAACAUGGAAGAGAUGAACAAUAGAAAUAAUAACACCACCUUAAGCUUCAGCUUAAAGCAAAAACUAAGAGCAGACUGUUGAGUUCCCUCUAAGACUGAAAUUGUGUGGCUUCACAAGUUUUCUCUCAGCUGCCAACACAUUCUAAGAGGUUUCUUGAAUUACAAUAACAGCUUUUGCUUCAUUUUCAUUUAUAUAUGGCAUGAAUUCUUGUGGAUCCUCAUUCCAUCAGGCAAAGAGAAGGGAGAUCAUUUCACUUGUUUCUGUUUUCAGAGUUUCUUAACCUGCAAAGGGAUUGAGGGUUGACGGUCGAGCUCGAUAGAAAUGGAGGAAAAGAGCAAGUUUCUCCAUGGAACACUUGAAGUGACUAUCUUUCGAGCUACAACGUACAAGCCAUCUGUGCCCUUUAAGUGCAUAUCUGCCGGAGGCAGAUCUGCGUAUGUGACCAUCAAAGUUGACAACAAAAAGGAGGCGAAAACGACCUACGAAAGGGACAGAGUUUGGAACCAAACCUUUCAGAUCCUCUGUGCUCAUCCUCCAGAUACAACAAUCACAAUAACCUUGAAAAGAAAGCGCACGGUUUUGGGGAAGAUCGACAUUCAGGCUGAUAAGCUUUUAGGUGAAUCAAGUCUGAUAAAUGGCUUCUUCCCGCUCAGCAAGCAGAAUGGAAAGCCAAACAAGAAGCUCAAGUUGCAGUUCAUCGUCUGGUUUAAGCCUGCAGAAUGUGAGAAAAGUUGGGAGAAAGCAUUGGAGACCAAUGGUGGAUAUCAGGGGCUCAAAAAUGCUGCAUUUCCCAUAAGAUCAAAUUGCAGUGUCACACUGUAUCAAGAUGCUCACCAUCGUCAUACGUUUCAACCUCCAAUUGAUCUUUGUGGAACACCUAGGAAACUGUGGGAGGAUGUGUACAAUGCCAUUGAUGGGGCAAAGCAUUUGAUUUACAUUGCUGGAUGGUCAUUCAAUCCUAACAUGGCCCUGGUACGCGAUUCCCAAACAGAUAUCCCUCAUGCACGAGGAGUGAAACUUGGUGAACUGCUGAAGCGAAAGGCAGAAGAAGGUGUGGCUGUGAGAAUCUUGCUGUGGGAUGACGAGACAUCCUUACCUGUAAUCAAGAACAAAGGGGUGAUGAAAACUCAUGAUGAAGAUGCAUUAGCCUAUUUCAAACACACAAAAGUUAUAUGUCGAUUAUGCCCCCGGCUACAUGACAAGUUACCGACGGUCUUUGCCCAUCAUCAGAAGACAAUAACAGUGGAUUCUCGUGUGCAGCCCUCCUCAAGAAAUCGUGAAAUCAUGAGCUUUCUUGGUGGUUUAGACCUCUGUGAUGGAAGAUAUGAUACCGAAGAGCAUUCCCUCUUUCAAACUCUCAACACAGAAUCCCACUGCUUUGACUUUUACCAAACUAGCCUCCAAGGUGCUAGCCUUCAUAAAGGUGGGCCGAGGGAACCUUGGCACGACACGCAUGCUUGUGUGAAUGGCCAAGCUGCUUGGGAUAUACUUGCAAAUUUUGAGCAAAGAUGGACUAAACAAUGCGAUCCCUCCUUACUAGUCCCUGUUGCUUCAAUUCAAGAAUUGUCUCAGCAGCCUAAUGCCACAAGCACCACUUCUGAAAGAAAUUGGAAUGUACAAGUUUUUCGCUCGAUUGAUCAUGUAUCUGCUAGCCCUUUACCUAAGAACCUCAAAGUAGAGAGAAGCAUCCACGAGGCUUAUGUUGAUGCAAUUAGACGUGCUGAUAGGUUUAUAUACAUCGAGAACCAAUAUUUUAUUGGAGGAUGCCACCUUUGGGAGGAAAACAAGCAUUGUGGUUGCAGGAACUUGAUUCCUGUUGAGAUUGCAUUAAAAGUUGCUAGUAAAAUCAGGGCUAGUAAAAUCAAGGCAAAGAAGCGGUUCACAGUUUAUGUGGUGAUACCAAUGUGGCCAGAAGGUCCACCUGAGAGUGAAUCAGUUCAGGAUAUACUGCACUGGACUAGGGAAACUAUGAAAAUGAUGUACAGAAUUAUAGGAGAAGCAAUAGAAGAGAGUGGUGAGAGAGGACAUCCAAGGGACUACUUGGAUUUCUUUUGCCUUGCUAACAGGGAAAAAGUGGUCAAAGGAGAGUUUGUUCCUCCAUACAAUCCUCAUCCUGAAACACACUAUUGGAAUGCUCAGAAACACAGGAGAUUUAUGGUUUAUGUGCACUCCAAGCUCAUGAUAGUGGAUGAUACUUAUCUGCUUAUAGGCUCAGCUAAUGUAAACCAAAGAUCGAUGGAUGGACAACGGGACACUGAAAUAGCUAUAGGUUGCUACCAGUCAAGAACUAGAGAAGAUGGCAUGGACAAUGGAGACAUUCGUGCUUUUCGUAUGUCGCUAUGGUAUGAGCAUACUGGACGAGCUGAUAAUGUUUAUCAAGAGCCUGAAAGUUUAGAGUGUGUGCGAACUAUUCGAUCAGUAGGGGAGAAAAUGUGGAAAAUUUACAGUCAAGAAGAAGUACAAGAUAUGGGAGGGGUCCAUUUAGUUACUUAUCCAGUCAAUGUGACAGAGAAGGGUUCUGUUGAGGAUCUAUGCAGGGGUGAUGGCAAUUUUCCAGACACAAAAACACCAAUAAAAGGGAAACGAUCAAAAGUUUUAUCAUCCAUAUUCACCACGUAGCAGGAGAAAAAUUUAUAAGUUGGAUUGUGGGAUUCUGUUAUGCAUGGAAAGACUAAGAUUUGUAUUUGGGGAAACAGAACUAACUAUUAAAUUACCAAAGAUAAGUAAAAGAUUGCUGAAUCAUAUGUACUUAUGACUGAUAAUUAUUCUUGUAUGUUCUCUUGCUGGAGAACUAGAGCUUGAAAGUAUUAUUAUUCUUUUUAUCUCAAAAAAAUCCAGGCAAAAUUGUACAAGUAUUUAAUUCACUAUAAUUAUAACAAUCAUUUCAUUGAACGUAUAAUCAAAAAAAACUUGAAGCAUUCAUUUAUAUCUGUGCAUCAGCAUGCCAUUUAAUAAGGUCCCUUUAAAACAGUGAUUCCUAAAAUCUCUCAGCAAUUGGGUAAAAAGCUGAGAAAUAAAUGGAGGCAAAAAUGGAAACAUAUUAGGAGAUUUGAAUUAAUUCCCCUUCCAGAUAUUCUUCCUUAUUUCCCUAAUAGUGAAAAACUAUCUAGCAACAUGCCUGUUCAAGAUUUCCUAUUAAAGACUGCCCAAUUCUUUAAUAGCCCUCUACAAAUUCAUAUUCCAAAUUUCAAACAAAGGCAAAAGAAUGGAUACUUUGAUUUGCUACAACAUCAUAAAACGAUAAUCCAUCGGUCCCUACAAAGAUGAGAGCUCCAAAAUGCAAAAUGUUACCAGAAUUAUUGUCGCUGCUGAUAACCUUGUUUAGCAUUCUGCUAGGCUUUUUCAUUGGAUUAUCCAUGACCAGGCUCUACAAGGUUUCUUUAAAACAUAACAAUUGUGAUUUUUUAUGCAGGUUUCUGUUCAGCAAGAUGUAUAUUAACUCUAACCAUCCAAUUUCUGUUCUACAGGUUCAAACAACAACGUUUUAUUCAGCCUCUCAAAGUUCCAAUCCUGGCUUGCAGUUCGGAAGCUCAAGUGAGAACCAUGAAUCUCAUAAAGUAUGUGGAAUUAACAUUAGCAUGGUGAACUUGAAAAGCAAAAUCUUUUAGCAUGCAUUUAUCAAUUUUCACAUAUCUUUAUCAGUUAAAUCCAUACAGAAAAUUUAAAAUUUGAUAUGCAGAUAUAUGCAGCCACAAAUCCACACGGAGCUGAACGAUUACCCCCAGGAAUGGUUAAGGCUCAAUCAGACCUUUUCCUCCAUGGAUGUGUGGGAAAUGUAAGUCUUUAGUGAUUGCAAAUUUGUUGCAUAUACAAACACUUCUAAGUUCUGAUGCUUUUGUGCUCAAAUCUCAAAAGCCCGAAAGACUUUAUAUCUUUGCAAUUAUUAACCGCAGGAAACUUUCAAAAAACAA